CUGUACAACGUAGUUACGUGGCGCGCGAAUUCUCUUGCUCGCUGACCUAGAGUGGCAAGUCUUUUCUCUUAAGCCUUUGGUGGGGGAGAGGGAGACACAAAGAUAAUGGCCGUUCCAGCCAGGCCCAACGGGAUGGAUCAGAACGAGGAGCAAGAGGAAGGCCUUUUCGACGAAGAUGGUGAAGCCUGGGAUCCUGAUAUCGAUAUCGCACCGCACCUCCUCCCUCUCGCUGUCGCAGCCAAGAGCGGUGACGUUGACGCGCUCCGCGUUGCCCUAGAUAACCAUAUUGGAAGUAUCAAUGAUCCUAUAGAAGAUGGUGAAACUGUUCUGCAUUUGUGCUGCUUAUAUGGCUCCCUCUCUUGCGUCCAGCUGUUGGUGGAAAGAGGAGCUAACUCAGAAAUCAAGGAUGAUGAAGGGGCAAUCCCCCUUCAUGAUGCUUGUGCUGGAGGCUAUGCUGAGAUUGUUGAACUUCUAAUCAACUCUGCCGGUAACUCUAGUCUUGUGCAGCGCAUGCUGGCAACAACUGAUGCUGAAGGCGAUACGCCUCUCCAUUAUGCUGCCAGAGGAGAACAUUUGAAUGUCGUUCAGUUACUGCUUUCAAUGGGGGCAUCCCCAGAGGAAACGAAUGCAUAUGGAAAGACUCCAGCCGAGCUCGCAGAUCCAGGGACGGAGGUUAGGAGGAUUUUAGAGCAAGCUGUUGGCAUUUAAUCAAUAGCCUCACAACAGUUAUUGACAUAAUUAAGCUAGAAACGGCUGCAAUCCCAUUUUUAAGUGGUGAUUGACGUUUUAUUAGCACACCACAGUUUGGAAUAUUAAAUUUUGGGUGGAUUGAAAUUAAGCUGAAGUUAUGGUUGAACUAGUUUACUAAAGUACAGUUUCUUGUCAUUUAGUAUUUUAGACAGAAAAAUUAUUCCUUUCUUGGUCAAAACAUUUUUUUUUCUUUCAUUUUACAUUUAAAGUAUCUUCCUUCCAUCAGUAUUCGACAAUGCUCCAUAGAUAAUAGCAUAGUAGAAGAUUCAUCUUUAUGAUAAUUUUUGUAGCGGAUAUAAGAAUGUAAUUUGAAUGAUGUUGUAGCAAGAAAGAUGACAUUCCAAAUCA